AUGGAAUUAACGCGAGCAGAGGCGAUUGAGCCUAAUCAACUGGAAAUACUUCCUGUCAAACUGGUUCAAGCGGCGUUGCAAAGAGGAAUACUCACAAGUGCUGCGCUCAAUCCCACAGAGCAAUCUACAGCUAAGAGAGGUGGAAAACACGCAACGAAAUAUGCGUUGAAGAACAGAAAAUUUAGCAAAGAUGCUCUAAACACACUCAAUAGAGCAGCAUCACUAUUCGUUCUAUACAUAACAACCAUCGCACAGGAUAUCGCAAAAAACAAAAAGAGAGCCACAGUAUAUGAUGCCGACAUAAUAGAAGCACUUAAAGUCGGACAAUUUUGGGAAAUCGAACGAGAAAUGUCUGAUGAUAUGGAAGCUGUUAAUGAACUGCUGAAAAUAAGACAAAAACAAAUCCUAGAACAACAACACACUACAGCCGAUGAUAACAAAGCCAUGGCAGAUGCAACAGAAACAGAUACUGAGCAACAAGAAUUAAAUAAAGAUAACGAAAAUGCAAGCAUUCUUGACGAUGGAGAAGUGGAUAUGGAUGAUGAUGGGCAGCUAUCUGCAGAUGCAGUAUAUGACGAAUUAGAAGCUGACAUGGAGAAGGAAACGGCAGAUGUGGCCGAUCCGGUGGACCACGAAAAUGACGUAGGUAUUCGAGACGGUGAUAUUACCUACGGUCGCCAACACAAGCAUACAGUAAAGGAUAUUGAAAAUUACGAUGAAUCUAACGUUGAAAACCAACACAACAAUGGCAAACAGCAAAACGAGAUGCGGGAACACUAUAAUGCCCAAAUAGACAUUGAGCGUACCGAGAACUGA